AUGUCGAGAAUCGCCAUCACACUCAGGCAUCUGGGCCGGCUGCCCCUGGCCGGCCUCAAUGCGGCAGCUCCGAUCUCCGGCCGACUCCACUGCAUUGCCAGCCCAGCCUACCGUGAGCGGCAAACGGCACCGUCGCAGAAUUACUCGUCGUCGUCGCCUCGGUCGCAUCUGCUCCCCGAGUUCAGUCUUAAAGACAGGGUCAUCGUUGUCUCCGGCGGCGCCAGGGGCCUCGGACUCGUGCAGGCCGAGGCUUUGCUCGAAGCAGGCGCCACGGUGCACUGCAUCGAUAGGUUGCCCUCCCCUGCCAAGGACCCUUGCUCGAUGUUCUCCGAAGUGACGAAACGACUGGGCAACGAACUAGGCACAACUUUGACAUACCACCAGGCCGAUGUCAGAAAUGUUGACGAGCUGAACAGGAUCAUGGAGUCGAUUGCUGAAAAGGCUAGCCGUCUCGACGGACUGAUUGCUGCUGCAGGCAUCAACCACGAAAUGACGGCGCUCGAGUGUGCGCCGGAGGAGGUCGACAGGAUGAUGAGUAUAAACGUCACUGGCGCUUUCAUGACGGCCCAGGCAGCCGCCCGUCAGAUGAUUCGUUUGAAGCACCCAGGAAGUAUCUGCCUGAUUGCCAGCAUGAGCGGCACAAUUGCCAACCGGGGCAUGAACGCUUCGCCGUACAAUGCAUCCAAGGGAGCCGUGCUUCAACUGUGCCGCAGCUUAGCAGCCGAGUGGGGCGGGUAUGGCAUCCGUGUCAAUACGUUAUCGCCAGGGUAUAUCAUGACGCAGAUGCUGCAGCCCCUUUUGGACUGCGCCCCUGAGCGCAGAGAGGUGUGGUCCAAGGAAAAUAUGCUGGAUCGGAUCAGCUUGCCCAGAGAGUAUCGCGGCGCGGCUGUCUUUCUUCUCAGCGAUGCAAGCAGCUUUAUGACUGGCAGUGACCUUCGUAUCGACGGUGGCCAUGCAGCAUGGUAA